AUGGCUUCACAAGCAUCCGACCCGCAAACGAACGGCGUGCCCUCUUCCUCAGGCGCUUCCGGCUCUCAGACGGUCAACAACACCCAGGCGACUGCAGCGACGACAACCACAGGCUCGCAGCCGCCCUCCCAGUCCCAACCAACGCAAUCCACACCAGCGCAGUCUCAACCACCAAGCAACCAGCAGAAUACGCAACAGCAGCAGCAACAAUCCUCAUCAAAUCCCCUCGGUCCCAACGCCGCGACGGCCCCCCGCCCCCGCGAUGCCCGCAUGAUCGAGCUCCUCCUCACCUCUCAGGGCGUCACCUCGUACGAGCCUCGAGUGCCUCUCCUGCUCCUUGAUUUCGCCUACCGACACACUUCGAGCAUUCUUAGCGACGCAAUUUACCUCUCUGCAGACCCAUACACUACUCACGCGGGCUCCAAACCCUCUGCCUCAGCAGGUGCCACGGCUUCUUCCAUUCCCGGCUCAGGCGACGCUGCUGUGAGCGCUAACGCCGUCAAGCUCGCCAUCUCCGCUCGCCUGGGCUACCAGUUCCGCGGAGGCGGCGGCGCAGGAGGCGUGUCGAAGGAUUGGCUGCAGGAGCUCGCGCGGGAGCGUAAUAAGACAGCGUUGCCCAAGGUCGCGCAGAACGAGUGGGGUCUGCGACUGCCUAGUGAGCGAUUCGUCCUCAGCGGUGUCAGCUGGGGCCUCAAGGACGUCUGGGAAGAGGGUGGUAUCGAUGAGGACGAGGACGAGGAUGAAGAAGGCGCGAAUGCGGGUGGUGGUGGUGCCAUGGAGGGUGUGGAGUCGACGAACGCAAACACGGCCGAUGAGGAUAUUGGCGGCGACGGCGUCGAAGGUGGUACAAUGGAGGAUGUGUUCGGGAAGGACGUGGACGAAGACGCGGAUAUGGGGGGAACAUCCUAG